CCCAAAAUCGCCGGUCGCGUAUAAAAGUAGCCUUGACUGGCCAGAAAAUCUCCAAACAAAAAUGUCUGCCCCAGAAACCGCUACCAAGUUCGCACCUACCCAAUCCUCCUCCGUUCUCGGCGGGCAAAUCGUCGGUCGCUCUGAACGCCAGGCUGCACCCCCUGCUGCUCUGAAGCUUCGUCUUGACCUCAACCUUGAGGUUGAGAUCGCCAUCCAGGCAAAGGUCAACGGCGACAUCACCUUGUCGCUCCUUGAGUGAACUUUGCGUUGUAUAGGAAUUAGCUGGGGAUGCUGGUCGUACACCCACCAGCUAUCACCGGCGCUUUGAUGGUGGAG